UAGACAGAGACGUCAACACAAAACUAUGGAAUACACAAUUGUUUGCAUGAUGUGACAGUAAUAGUAGACCUUUAUGUAGAUGUAGGAGGCUGAUCUCUGACGGUAACUAUGGUUACACACGCCAAACUCCAGUAUUACCGACACAACUAUGGCCUGGUGUGUAUCACUGGGUCACUGGGGUGUCGCUGGCAUCGAUAUAAACAGUCCCUGCGUGAUAACAGAAAGAGGGACUUUUGUGUAUUUGGGAUCAUGUUGUUGACUUUCCUAUUUCUCACCUUCCUCCUGUAUGUUGUCCUGAUAUCCAGAAACGACUUUGAUAGCUUUAAUUGGUUUAUGUAUGAAUCAUUCAAGAGCUGGGCACCGUAUUUUGUUAUACUGCUAUCUGUGAUCUGUGUCCUUUUUACAUACGUCACUAUACUAAUGCUCCUGUCCCUUUGUCACAUCAUACAUGGUCACCAGCUUUAUAUACACCCAACACAUGUUAUAUUUAUCUUCAUCUGUCUGGCCUGCUGUAUUGCUGGAACGGUCAGCUACUCAGAAUUAUGGGUCACUGAAUGGUUCGUUGUUUGGCUUUCUCUCAAGGUUAUUGGUCCAUUCCUACAAAUAGGAAGUGUGAUUUUGAUGACCAUGUUGUCAUAUAUUAUCAUAGGACAGUGGUUCACUCUGUCUAAGUGGUACUUACAGAUGCUGUGGUUGUGCGUUUAUUUAUCUGUGAUGGUUGGACUGUAUAUAUCACCAUUGUUUAUUGACUCACCCUGUGUUGUGGCAACGUCCAGGCUCCCACCUAAGCCAUCUAUAAUAGGCCACAAAGGGGCAUCUGGGAUUGCCCCAGAAAAUACAAUGAUCUCAUUUGAGGUUGCUGAACAAUAUGGAGUUUUAGGAUUUGAAACUGAUGUGAGAAUCAGUUUUGAUGGUGUGCCAUUUUUACUUCAUGAUUCAACUUUUGCAAGAACUACAAAUAUUGCCGAUGUCUUUCCUGAUUUGAUAGAAACAGAUUCUUCAUUGUUUAACAUAUCUCAGAUAAAACAAUUAGAUGCUGGUUCUUGGUUUAUCAAGACCAACCCGAUGAUGACUUUAGGUAGUGUUUCUACAGAGAGAAGGACACUUUACAAACAACAGAAGGUUCCUACGUUUCUUGAGUAUCUCCAGUUUGCCAACAAAACAGACAAGAUUGUUAUGUUUAAUACCUAUCAUCCUUCCAAAUCAAAUCCAUUUUAUACAGACAUAGGACCUAUUCAUGAUGCCAUACAUCAGUCUGGCAUAAAUCCUAAGAAGGUAUGGUGGUUGACGAAUGUGGGUAACAAAUUCAGUGAAAAGUAUACACCAGUUGUACAAGAAUACUCACCUCCAGAUGUUCUCCAUAGGAAACACAUCUACAACGCUAAUUUACCUUAUAGUGGCAUCUCUUUGGACCAGAUUAGGGAUUACUGGGCAAAAAACAUCAGUGCCAAUGUGUAUACUGUAAAUACUGGCUGGUUCCUGUCCCUGUAUUGGUGUGUAGGCACAGCCAGUGUCACCUCUGACAACUGUCAUAUCCUUUCACAGAUGGAUAAGCCAGUAUGGACUCUGCUGCCAAGGAAUUACCUGAUUCUCUGGGUGACUGUUGAUGUGCUGUCUGCUAUCAUCAUUGUUGUCUUGUUUAUUGUACAGAGAAUCCAUAGACAAGGCACCAAGUAUAGUCCUGAGUCUCAAUCUCUGAACUGGGAGGCUCAGAACCAGCAAGUUCAGCAGCACAGAAGUCACCAGCGAGCAGACAGCUACAGACGUAACAAACGUGCCAUGAAAGAAAAGUUACUGAUGAGAGAUGUGGCAUCCGAGCUAUUUGAUGUAGAGCCGGAGGUGGAUGACCUUGGCAUAGAGAGUAACUACACUGUACAAUCAACAGAUGGCCGAGUGAUGGCUGCAACAUUCCAUCAGGAUCAAAACGGGUAUCAGACAAGUUAUCAAGACCCCAGUCGUGUACAAUCAGAGAGCAUAGUAAACCUCUAACUCCUUUGGAUUAGGGUAGUGUGUUUAUAGAAUUAUAACCUGACUCUAAAGCUUAAUACAUGUAUUAAUGAAAUUUCUUAAAUAUAGGUUAAAGCUAUGUGCACUUAUUAAUUUGUAUUACAAAAUGAUUAUGAUGUUGUAGUCACAUCAAUAGACAAAGACACCUCAGAAUGGUCACCAUGGUUACAAGUAAAUUAGUCCUCACUACCCAGGAUUCUCUGUCUAGUACACCUGAACAAUGUAGCAGGGCACAACUGAAUAUUCCAAGUCUGUUUGUAUGUCAGGUUGUGAGUGUACUUAACCUUUAAAUGUUUGUAUGUCAGGUUGUGAGGGCAGAAUUACAGGGAAGGCAAAAUGAUCCAUUGUAGAUUUUGUAAUUAACCAGAGAAAUAGUGAUUUUAAUGAAUACUGUGUAUUCUCAUAAAGUAAGGUGAUGAGAAAGGAGAGAUCAACAAAGGUUGUCAUCAGAUUUCUGUGUAUGGUAAAACCUUACUAAUUUAUAAACUGAACAUUCUGUUACUUAAUCUUAUGAAGUUACACUAAUUUAUGACUCCAUAUGUACCUGUAUAUUAAUAGAAAGUAUUUAUUACAAUAAUUUACAAGUAAAGCUUUGUUUGUAAACUUUAUGAAAAUCAUUCAAUGAUUUUCAAAGCUUGUGAAUUAAUUUUUCCGGUGAAUCAUUAAAGAAUCUAAAAAUUGGACUUUGAAAUAGAUGUCUUAUAAAUCUGCACUUGUAGUUUAUGCUGAUUUUUCUCUAGGAGUUGAUGAUUCAUUUUCUUUAUACAAAGAAUAUUUUGUAUUUGAUAGCAGCUGAUAGAUAAUGUAGAUCUUAAAUGUACAGUUGUCUGCUUCGUUUGAAAGUAGGAUACUUAUUAGUGUAAAUUUGCAUGCAGUGUUAUCAAGUAAUCCUUCAGACUAGAACUCCAUCAUUACACUUACAAAUCAUAGAAUUGAAACUAAGAUUAUUGCUAAACAGCAGUGGGCAGUACAACACAAUAGUUGUGCUUUAAAUAUUUACAUAGCCGCAAAAUACUCUUGUGUCUCUUUCAGUUAGUUUAUACAAUUAUAUGUACGUGUUUAUCCCUCCAGUAGCCAUGCUGUUUCAACUCUCGCAACAUUUUUUUACGUCGUUAAUGAAACUUUAUUUAAUUAUAUACAAGAUAUAUCACUUGCAGAGCUCCUUCUGUGAUAGAGAUCAUCAUUCAAGUUUUAUAAGUUUCAUUUUAUGCUUGCUUCAUAGUGGAGGCUGUCUUUUUGUCUGCUGCAUGUUGUCUGUUCUUGUUAUUUCUUGGUCAAACUUCAUGUUUAGCUCACAUUUCAUUACCCUAAGACUAAAAGUCUGUCAUCAGAACUUAAAUCUAGAAACAUUUUGAUGACGAACUCACAGAUCCUAACUUGUUUUACAUUUAACAUUUUGUUUUCAAUACUGUCAAAGCAGGAGCAGAAUAUUUUUUUUUAUUAAAACUGUUUUCAGUUUCUAGUAUGGAUCCAAAAAUGUUUACAGUUGAGGAGAGCUUCAUAUUGAUUCUAAAUUUGAAAACAUUUUAUCACUUUGGUCUUCCUCAAUUAUGUUAACAGACAACAAACUUGCAAAUAUGCAAUGGUUUCCUUUUUUAGUUUGACUUGGUAACUGUACUGACACUGUGCCUCAUCAGUUUUUUGAUAGCUGUAAGAUAUCCAAGCACUCUGGCAUGUAGUUUACGUAGUGUUUAAUUAAUGCUAGCAUAUUUCUGUAUCCUUCAACUGGAUAUAUAUUUUGUAUAAUUGUAUGUUUAUUACGUUAGAUAUAUUAUACAUAUAUCCUGUUAAACAAUAUUUUGAUUUUUUGUUGUGAAUUAAUAUGUCUUCAUGAGAUUUCAUUUUGUUUAGGGAUGUUAGCAUUUUGUUGCCAUGUUGUUGAUAUUUGAAACAUUUUGUUUCAUGGUUUGUUUUUUGUAGAAGGGAGGCAAUCUCUUUUAUUUGUUCAAAGGGAGGUAAUUCAUAUGGGAAUACUUGUCAAUUUUUUUUGUUUUCCCAUUUUAGGUUAUUCAAGAAACAAUUGAAUUCUGAGAAAUAAACGAAUUAUAUUAUUGACAUGCCAAUAAGCAGAAAUGAGAGACAUUUGUGUUGAUAUUCAAACCCAAUGAAAGUUAAAUCUAGAUUAAUUUAUUUGAAAGUAUAAUACAGUAUAGUACAUAUUAUAAUCACCAUAUGUGGUAUGUGAUAAGAUCCUGAAAGUAAACAACCUGAAUCAAAACAAAAAAGAAUGAUUUAGAUAAUUGUAAUUCAUUUAAAUUUUUAUUGAAUGAAAACAUGGAAUUUUGGUUGACUUUUGGAAUUGGAAAGAACUAUAGAAAUAUUUCAACUUGACUUGAAUAUUUUUAUCCACAUACUUUAUGGAUUGUUACAAAUAUAUAAAAUGGCUUUAAGGUACAUUCAGAUGUUUUGAUAUCUUCUGUCUUUUCUUGGUUUUUUUUGUCCUUAGAAUUUUGUGAUUUUGGACACUGAUGUUUAAAUUGAGUAUAAUUUGAGGUAGAGACAUAUUUUCACAUUUUUUUUUCUUAUUGCAAUUUUCUGGCAUAAUUUUGUUACAAGAUUGCUUCAGAUUUUAU